AAAGCCGACAGAGGAAGAACUGAUGUGGGUGCAGUUCGUGUCGUGUUAGCUUUAACUACUAGCAGGCAUCGCUCGGAGUGUCUAAUUCUAAAGUACAUUUUUGUUCACCAAACCAGGCCCAAAAGUUGUAAUUGAAGCUCUCCGAGGAUUUCUUCGACACGAUGAGCUUCUUGUUUGGCAGUCGCUCAUCUAAGACCUUCAAGCCGAAGAAGAACAUCCCAGAGGGCUCCCACCAGUAUGAGCUGUUGAAACAUGCUGAGGCAACACUGGGCAGUGGAAACCUGAGACAGGCUGUCAUGCUGCCAGAGGGAGAGGAUCUCAAUGAAUGGAUUGCUGUCAACACGGUGGAUUUCUUCAACCAGAUCAACAUGCUGUAUGGCACCAUCACUGAGUUCUGCACUGAGACCAGCUGCUCUGUGAUGUCUGCAGGACCAAGAUACGAGUAUCACUGGGCUGACGGCACCAAUAUUAAAAAGCCGAUCAAAUGCUCUGCACCCAAGUACAUAGAUUACUUGAUGACCUGGGUGCAGGAUCAGCUGGAUGACGAGACACUUUUCCCUUCCAAGAUUGGAGUUCCGUUUCCAAAGAAUUUCAUGUCUGUGGCCAAAACCAUCCUGAAACGUCUGUUCAGGGUGUAUGCUCACAUCUACCACCAACAUUUUGACUCUGUGAUGCAGUUGCAAGAGGAGGCUCAUCUCAACACCUCCUUCAAACACUUCAUUUUCUUUGUCCAGGAGUUCAACCUUAUUGACAGGCGAGAGCUUGCUCCCCUGCAGGACUUGAUUGAGAAGCUUGGAUCCAAGGACAGAUAGACAUUUCACCACCUAUCUCCCCCAUUUUUAAUAGCAGUUUUCUGUCUUUUGUUCUUUGACCUACUCUACCUCUGUCUACUUGCUUCUACUCUUAAAGUCUGUGCCUUCUUCUUUGUAUUUCCUGAAUGAUUGUACUGUACAUCUUUUAUUCCUUUCUCUUGUAUACUGUCUUUGAGCCUUUUCUUCAUUAUAGCUUCUCUAUAAGGUAGUGUCGUAAAGAAAAAAAAAUAUUUUCAGAGGACUGUGGUUAAUAACUCUGUAAGAGUACCCUCCUGAAUUUUAUGUUGGACCAAGGACAUUUGAAGUGAAAAGCAGCUCUUCUUUUGUUAGUUGCUGUGCAUUGUUUGGUUUGUCUAAACAUUUGAUAAUGAUUCAUUUUUGUUCAUAUUUGAGUUGGAGGAAGUAUUACAACUAAAGUAGUAACGUGAAAUAAGUUUGGUUGCUCUUUUGUAACCGCAAAAACAAAACAAAUGAAGGCAUGCACAGAUGAACACACAUGAAGCACAAAUGUUGCAUAUACUAAUGUGGGUCCUAUUGACACUGAGUCAUAGUUAAAUAUAAGAUGAAGAGAUGCAGUUAUUGGUAAUCUACAAAUACCCCCAUUUAAAAAGACCACCACAAUCAAUGCCAUGUUGUGAUUUCAGUUUUGUCAUGCAAUAUUGUGUUUUGCACAUUUUCAGUGGUAAAAUGUGUGACAGUCCAUCGAUAGUUGUAGACCUUCUUUGUACUUUUUAGCUAUUAUCAAGAGCUUAUGAAGCCUAUUUAAUAGACCUACAAAGGAAAGCUGUAUAGUAAAAAUCAUAUCGGAGUGAAUAGUUAAAUGUGAAUUUUGAGUUUUUUCUGGUGAUCAAGUUUGGAACCACUCAGCCCCUUUUUUUUUUUUUUUCUUUUUUUUUUUAUCUCCUAACUAAAUAUUUACCCCUCUAUCGGAAAGUUGAGUAAUUACUAUUUCUUCUGUAUACUUGAGAUGUAUGUAGUUUUAAUUUCAUCUUUAUUAGCCUUUGGUUCCUGCAUAAUAUCACAUUUCCUACAUUAGGGUUAAUGCUGGUUACAGCAAAGAGCUGUUGAUACAGCCAUCUUUUUCAAAAACUGAUAAAGCUAAUAUUCCCUUUGAAUGUUUGGUUUUCCAAACUUUGGUUUAAAAUUGGUUUGUUACCUGCUUCAUGCUGGACCUAAACUUAUAUCAGACAAUCAUGUAGCCACUUAUCAUGGAUUAAAUGACUUAAAUGCAUUACAAGGACCUAAGCAGUGGGAUUAGGGACAGAAGAGUGUAAGACCACUUUGUAAGAAAGACUGUUUUCAUACAAACGCAAAGGCAUAGCUGAAAUCUUUCCAAAAAUAUGAACAAUUAUUUACAUUUGCCUUCACUAUAGGUUAUCCACUUAACCCCACAAGUUGCUUGGCAAAAAAAAGAGAUAAAAACAAAAAAAAAAACUUUGUUAAUCAGUAGGCAUGUCCACUCAUUCAUUUUUUUGUUUCACUUUAUUAUGUUUUGCUUCUUAUAACAUUUCGGUUACAUUUGAUACAAUUUUGUAAGGCAUUUUUUGCCUUUUCAGUCGUAUAAGGAACGAGGGCUUUAAAGUGAAUUAUGCAUUUUAGUCCAGUCAGUUCGUCAUUUAGACUGAAGAGAAUGUAUGUACCACAUCCAAACAUUUGUUUUAAAUAAGAACAGUGUUUUACCUGAACAAGACUGUGCCUUACAAUAAAAUAAAAGUGUCUGGUAUGACAGUAUUGACAGAUCAAAAACUCAAUAAACAUUGAAAGACAA